AUGACUAGCAUCACAUGUUUCGUGAGAAUUUUCCUUAACAGUGCCUUACGAGUUAGGUUUAAGUUUUAAAAAAGAGUAUUCAUUAUGUGAUGUGUAAUGUGUACACGAGGAUUGAUAUCUACGUUGUUUCCUAGAGAUGUAGAAACCGGCAUCACUGAAGAAGGGAAGACGAUGAGAACCGCCGACCGCUCCUUGGUGACGGAGAUGGCAGCAGCAUCAGCCGAGCUCGUCCGCCAAGACCCAGGCAUCUUGGUCUCGUGAAUACCACGCAGAACGCAAGGCAGCUACCGAAACUGACGCUCCCGGACAUGACGCCAUCAUCAGUGUCAUCCACAGUCCACAAUACUCCAGUGGGAGAGUCUGCCAGCACCAUGAGCAAGCCUUGGAGACGUGGCGAUAGGAGACUGAGGAGGCUGAAUACUGAACUCCUGGAGGCCAUUGAGGGUCAUGAUGUGGAGCAGGUGGAAAAGCUUUUAAAUUCUGGAGCAAACCCCAACGCCACCUGCCGGCUGGACCUGGUCUCCGCUUGCCACAUGGCGGCGCUGAUAGGCGGAGACGCGCUCGGCCUGCUCGUCAAGUUCGGAGCUGAGAAACUUCGGAUUGACCGGUUGGGAAGAACACCUCUUCAUCUUGCAGCGUUGGCUGGCAACGCGAGACAGGUGGCUAUACUCCUGGACUUUCCUGAAG